GCAUCUAAUCUGGAUAUAAUACCAACCAACCAUCUUCUUCUCACCUUAUCCAAACACUCCCCUCUCAUUCCCAUACAAAGCAACCUUACUCUCUCACCUUCUUUCCAAUCUCACUCACCACACACCCAUCUCAGCAAAAAUCCUCCUUUCAACCACAAAGGAAUGUCGACGGCAUCUGCUGCGCUCGCUCCGUCAGCUGCUGUUGUCGCGUGCCCCGGCCGCAGCCCGUCGCAGAGGAAGGAGAGAAGUGUGGUUUACAUAGGAGGGAUGAAUUCCUUUGGUGGGCUAAAAGCCAACAACAGCAUAGCCUCUCUAGGCCUGCCAGUGUGCACCAACCAGUCAUUUGCUAUGGUUUUGAGGUCAUUGAAGUCAGCUGCACCACAAGGCAAAGGCAGAGGUGGGGGAGCACUCUCUUCCACUUGCAGCGCCGUCGCCGAGAUAUUCAAGAUUGCAGCCAUCAUGAACGGGCUCGUUCUCAUUGGGGUCGCUGUUGGAUUCGUUCUCCUCCGAGUGGAAGCGACACUGGAGGAAUCCGAGUGAAAAUCUACAAGAUAUCAUCUAUACCUUCUUUUUUUUUCCUCUCUCUCAUUCUCAUGUAGAACUGAGUGAAUUGUUUUGGCUAUGUAAAUCGAUGACUCGGGGUGAUUAGCGAACUGGGUGUUAGUUAAAAUUCAGUUGGAUUGGGGUAAAGAAACCAUUCAAUUUCA